AUGUCAUCGGUUGACAGGGCCGUCCGCCGCGUGUGGAGUCUCUUGCAAGAGUAUGGGCUCUCGGACAAACAGCUGCUGCUGGCAGUAUCUGGGGGCGCUGACAGUAUGGCGCUGGCAUAUCUUGUGAGCUGUGCUGUGGGGCCUCAGCGCUGCCACGCAAUCACUGUCGACCAUGGCUUCCGUCCAGAGAGCGCAGCUGAGGCGAAUGCGGUGUCCAAAUACAUGGACAGGCUCAGAAUUCGGCACCAUGCCAGGAAACUCAGCUGGGACCAGCAGCCAGCAGUCCAGCAGCUCGAGGAAGUAGCGCGCAGCAGGCGGUAUCUGGAGAUCUCGAAAGUGUGUACAGAGUUCGGCAUAGACGCCGUGCUGACCGGCCACCACGCAGGCGACCAGGCAGAGACGUUUCUGCUUCGGUUUCUUCGGCAAAGCGGCGUGUGCGGGCUAGCAGGGAUGCCCACACAGGCAGAGUUCCCGCAUGCUGUCGCCGGGGCUUCCUCUGCUCCGGUGCUUGUCCGACCGCUGCUGCAGUUCAAAAAGCCUGAGCUGUAUGAAAUCUGCAAGACACAGCGGGUUCCGUGGUUUGAGGAUGCCAGCAACAAGGACACGAGGUUCCGGCGCAACCAGCUCCGGCAGGUGAUCGGGUCCAAGGACAGCAUCCCGUCGUCGCCGUUCAACACUGACACGCUACUUGAGGUGUGUCGGGCGAUGCAGCGGCACCGCGUGUACAUCAACGGCAAAAUGAAGCUGCUUCUCGACCAGCACGCAAGAUUCGACACGGUAAACGGCGUAGUGGAGCUGGCUGCAUCGGCGCAUGGCCCGCCGGAAUGGGCACGCAAUGCAGCACUGCGCGAGCGCAUUCUGGCGCAUGUGGUCUCGUGGGUGAACUGCAGAGAGCACCCGCCAGAGCUCUGCCACCUGCGCCAGUUCGAGCAGGCAGUCUCCAGCUUUGCUGGCCAGACAUCGUCGGUGGCAGCGACUGCCGCCCACGUCUCGCUGCUAUGGCCGACCGGCAAACGCGGGUGGGUGUUCUGCCGCCAAGCUCCGCGCCCGGGCGAGAUCGGAUCCAUGCGCGGCCUUGCAUUUGGAUCGCUGGUGGUCUGGGACAGGCGCCUCGUGAUUAGCGUCGCGUCCAAGGAUCCCCGCGGCACAUGGGCGGUGCAGUCGCUGGGUGACGCGAUGCAGCGCUGGAGUGGCAUCAUCGGCGAGCACCGGCGGCAAAUAAAGGCAGCCAAGCGGAGGCUCGAGAUCCACGCAAUCCAGGUCACGCAGCCAGUGGUCAGCGUCAAGAUCGGCGAAUGCGAGGUGCCGGUGUUUGCGUUGGGUUGCACCGUGGAGAGCAGUGGCGUUGGGGAGGGCUGCCGAAUCCAGGUCCAGGCAAAGUCCCCUCCGAUGCGCUUUGAGGGCGAGCGCUUUCCGACCAGUGUGGCUACUACGCAUGGAGUGUGA